AUGAAUGCCAGAUUGAUGACUACAUAUGCAGAGGAUUGGGUUUCUGUUCCGGAGCAACUGUCUUGUGAAAUUAAACACACAAUCAAUGAGUAGGUAGCUGUGUCCCAUCGUUUGAACGUUAUUUUUGAUGUUAAAUUAUAUUACUUGAUACUGCACGCAAGUCAAUUGAUGAGAAAGAGUCAGGUAGUUUAUCAGUUGAAGUUAGAGUUGGGUGAAUGAUCCACAUGUAUCGAUCCUCUGCCCGUUGGUGUUUGAAAUUUCAUAAAGGAAAACCAUACAGAUUCCACCUUGUUUUGUUAAAUCAACACAGAGGACCUAACAAAGAGUUGUGCAAUUAACCUCUAAUAAUUGAAGGGAAUCUUUGUACACUAAUUUUCGUGUUCAAACCUUUUUAAGGUCUGCACCAACUUUGAUUCCUUCAACUGGAGAUUUAAACCUAACCUUCACCGCAAACAAACACAAUUGUGGCAUCCGAUUCCUGGAGCACGUUCAAGUAAAAAUGUAG